ACGCCCAUUAUUAUAUAACAGUUAUUAAUAAAACAAUGGCGUCUUACACUAAAGGACUGAUAGACUUUCCCUUGACCUUUAGGAAGCUAGUCUGCACUAAAAUGACUCAGAACUUCCGCGAGGCCAUCACUUUGAACACUGCCACAGUUUCCAAAGAGAGCCUGAAACCCAAUGAAGUUAUAAUAAGAAGCAAAUACGUUGGAAUCAAUGCUUCAGAUAUCAACGUUACUGCUGGGCGUUAUGGAUCCAAGCCACCCUUUACUGUUGGAAUGGAGGCUCUGGGUGAGGUAGUUUGGGUAGGUGAGAGGUGCUCAUCUCUCAAGCCAGGAGAUCCUGUAGCUGUUAACAACAUUGGCUCAUUCUCUGAGUAUCUUGUUUUACCUGAGAGGACAGCCCUCCGCCUUCCCUCCCUCAAACCAGAGCACCUGGCAUUCAUAAUCAGCGGAACCACUGCCUCUAUUAGUUUAGAGAAACUGGGAGAUCUGAAGCCAAAGGAAAAUGUAUUGGUUACUGCAGCUGCUGGAGGGACUGGACAAUUUGCAGUCCAACUAGCAGCUCUUGCUGGCUGCCAUGUUAUUGGUACUUGCUCUUCAGACGAGAAAGCAGAAUUCCUAAGAUCCCUGGGUUGCAAUCGCCCUAUAAACUACACAAAAGAGGACCUGGGGCAGGUUCUCAAGAAUGAGUACCCUCGAGGUCUUGACGUGGUGUACGAGAGCAUGGGUGGAGACAUCUUUAAUACUUGUGUGAGAAACCUUGCGGUGAGAGGUCGCCUGAUUGUUAUAGGAAUGAUUACAGAUUAUCAGAAAGAGUCUUACAAGGCUAUACCUACCGUCCCAAUCCAGCAAAUACUCUUAAGUAAAUCGGCUAGUCUGAGAGGGUUUUUCCUAUUGCAUUACAUGAGAGAGUUGCCAAAGCAUAUUGGAGAGUUAGCUAAGCUUGAAUCGGAAGGGAAGCUAAAAGUUGGAGUCGAUUUGGGUGCUCACUUGCCUGGGGGUCCUUUUAGAGGCCUUACGUCUAUCCCUGAUGCUGUAGACUACCUUUAUACUAAAAAAAGCAAAGGGAAGAUUGUAGUAACCCUCCACGAUGAUCAACUCAGCAAAUUAUAACUAAUUUCAGUAAUUUGUAUGUGUUCUCUGUUCAUUCUAUCCAUACUAAUUUUGUUCUAAGUUAAUAAUUUUUUGUAAUGACUAAUACUUUUUUGAAAAAAA